AUGGCAGCCCUCAAGGCGCCAUGGACCGUGUUUGUGGCGGCACUCUUUGCCCGCCACAUGCCCGCAGCGGUCUCUCUCAAGACGGUGUCCCGUGCCAACACGACGAACACAUGGGUGCAGUUGCUGGACAAUUUUGAAUAUUACGGCGAGCGGAUGCCCUCAUAUGCGACACCAAUGAAUUACGGCUCUUUCACGCAGUUAAAAGCUGUGUACCAAAGUGGAAGCGGCAUCUAUUGCGAUACGAAGAGGUCGGGUGGCACCGUCUGGCAACAGUGUUGUUGUGGGUUAAAUUCGUUCGAGGCCAUGAAGAAUGGAGGGUACAUCGUGUCACAAUCCAAUUGGUACACGUUGCCUUCCAAUUGCUACGCGUCCGGAUCGACCGAAAUCAUCUGCAAUGUCAAUUUCGACAUAUCAAGCGGCGAUACGAUUCUCGCCACGUGGUACGAGCCUUCCCGCUCAAUAUCGCUCCAGGACAAUGGCGGCAGCAUCCAAGUGGACUUGUACGGCUAUGGGACGGCAACGGAUCCUACUGUAUGUUUCGGGGCGCGUGACAAUUCAUACGGUUCAUUCUAUGUCAGCACGGCCAUUUCAGUCUCCAACGUGUUGAUGACAUAUUCCAGCGGUAAUGUUUACAAUUCGGGGGGGCAAGAGGUCACGAAGUGGGGGAACUCAGCUUGGUUCGGCGUUGUAUGA